UUAUCGCGAGAGGUUUACAAUGCUGAAAGGUAGCUCCACUCAGUUGUUGGAUCUGACAGCUGAACAGGUGAGCAGUUGGCUCCAAAGCUUCGAUACAGUUCUCAGUGAUUGUGAUGGCACCAUAUGGCAUGACGAUAUAGCAAUAGAAGGAGCUGCCGAGGUUCUAAACACCCUACAAAAUCGCCUAAACAAAAAGGUCUAUCUCAUUACGAACAAUGGUUUGAAAACUCGUCGAGAGCUCUUUGAUAGAGCUCAACGUUUGGGCUUCCAAUUGCCAAAUGAACAUCACAUUAUAUCACCCACAUCGACCAUUGUGGAUUAUCUGCAGGGAAACGGACGAUUUGACACUAAAAAACACAAAGUCUAUGUGGUUGGCAAUGCGGCCAUUGCUAGGGAAUUAAAGGCCCAUAACAUUGACAGCUUUCGAGCAGGUGAGCGAGAAGAGUUGGCUCCAACUGACAAAUGGCAGGAUUUUGCAUUGAGAGAGUUUACCAAAGAGGAGGCCACCGUCAAUGUGGGAGCCGUUGUCGUCGGCUGGGAUGAACAUUUCAGCUAUUGCAAAAUGGCUCGUGCAUGUCACAUACUUUGUAGCAAUAAAAAUGCUGCCUUUCUUGUGACCAACAAGGACGCGGUGCACAAGUAUCCAAAUUUUCACAUACCUGGCACAGCGGCCUUUGUAUCCGGGAUUGAGGCUUGUGCUGAGAUCAAUGCACUGGAAAUGGGUAAACCGAAUCCCUUCGUCUUGGAGCCUUACAUUAAGAAUGGAGAUUUAAUUCCAGAACGCACUCUAAUGAUUGGUGAUUGCUUGAAAAUUGAUGUAGGUUUUGCACAUAAUUGUAAUAUGCGUUCAUUAUUGGUGGGCACGGGCAGCUAUCAAUUGGAUACGUUGGCAAAACAUCAAAAUUUGGUCCAACCAGAAGUUUAUCUACCCAAAUUGGCCGAUCUAUUGCGUUAUCUAUAAAGCCAAAAUUGAAACAAAAUAAAUUAUUCAACUAUAACACAAACUAGAUACAUCAAUCUUACAGGAAAUUUGCAAAAAUAUCUCUCAUCGAUCGGUUCUGGGUGAAAAAGUGAUUAAGCGGAAUAAUAUGUGCCUUAACCUUGGUUAAAUCAAAGGAGCUUUGAACAAAUUUCCCCUUCUAAUGCAUUUAGCUUGGUUAAAUUAGGGCAUAA